CUCUCUCUCCAACUUCUCUCUCUCUCUCUCCUCUCCGUUUCAGAGCCCCCACUGCCUGCUUUGCUCCAAACUUUCCUUCAUAAACCCUAGCAGUCCACUUCUGUCUCCCAAUCUUGGCCGCUUCUUCCUCAAAUCCACCUUUUCUUUUCUUUCUGCUUCUGUGAUCUGCUUCCCGAAAAGUAGUUCUAGUAACUUUGGGAGCUUCUUCAUUCUUCGCUUCCGAAUCCCCACCUAUAUUCUUCCAAUUUCACUUCUUCCUGUUGUUCUUGUUUAAUCUUCGAGGAAUCCGGUUGUUGUUUCACCUCCUGUUGCUUGGAAUCUAGCGCUGAAAAAUGGUUAUGGUGGAGAGUGAGGUCGCCGCCGACGACAACAAAGAGACCAAUGGCCGCAAGUCUCCUUGGAAAACUACGGCUCUGGUCGAUGGGAAGGAGAUGGAUGCUCCUGUAAUGGGAGCGGACUCUUGGCCUGCACUCGCCGACGCGCAGCGGCCUAAAAGUCUUGAUGCUACUACUUCUGCUAAGUUUUCUGAUUCAGGCGAGGUUUCUGAUGAAGUAGCUCUUCAGUCUCCUCCUUCAGGAGCGCAGGGAGGAUAUGCACAAAGGGCACCUGCCUCUCGGAAUCCUAGUUAUUCACACAAGAAUAUCCAUUCACAUCAUCAAAAGCCAGGCUCCAAGCGCAACCCAAAUGGUCCUCCACAUGUUUCUGUUCCAUUACCUUAUCAUCAACCACCAAUGCCUCCACUUUUUCCGCCCAUAUUACAUCCUCCUCAUCUCGCUGUUCCUGGAUAUGCUUACCAGCCUCGACCUGUAGCUGGUGUUGAAGUACAUAUGGUUAAGCCUAGCAAUGAGACAUCAGUACAAGCUUUUGUUCCACCUGUUGAGCCUCCGCCCCGAGGUGAUCCAAGUGGUUAUGUUGUUGGUAUUCAUAAUAGAAGACCUAAUAUGCAAGAUCCUGGUGUUCAUUGGAACCAUGCUUGGUAUCAUCAGCGGGGAUUUAAUCCAAGAGACAACAUUUCCAUGCAACAUGGUGCUGGACCACGCCCUUUCAUGCGACCACAAUUUUUUUCUCCAGCUCCUGGCUUCAUGGUUGGUCCAAGUUUUCCUGGACAUGGACCUAUGUACUAUGUUCCGGUUCCACAUCCUGAUGCAAUUGGGAGACCGCCUCAUUUUAUUCCACACCCUCUUAAUCCAAGGGCUUCAAUGCUUCCCCCAGAUAUGCUAGCUCUUCGGGCCAACAUUGUAAAACAAAUUGAGUAUUAUUUUAGCGAUGAAAAUCUGAAGAACGAUCAUUACCUAAUAUCUUUGAUGAAUGACCAUGGAUGGGUUCCAAUAUCAGCCAUUGCUGAAUUCAAAAGGGUUAAGAAAAUGAGCACUGACAUCCCGUUCAUCCUUGAUUCCCUGCACUCAUCUGCAAUUGUUGAAGUUCAGGGUGACAAGGUACGACGACGUGAUGAAUGGUUAAAGUGGAUUCCAGUUCCUGCGGACUCUAAAUCAACCUUAAAUGUUGACACUCCUUCCAAUCGGGUGGAUGAGUCUACUAACUCAUUGCUGGACGAGAAUGCCUCAGAUGGUAGUAGAACGCUGGUGUCUGAAGAUAAUAUCAAAUCUUCACGACUUCAGGGUUGUUCUCUGGAGCAAUCCUCAAACAGGGACAACCUAGAAGUAGCAGAUCUAGAUAUAGUCGAAGAACAUUCUCAUGGAACUGGGCGUCAAGGCAUAGAGAUUUCAUCAAACGUUGAUGCACAUAAUGUUGAUGAUCUUUCAGGCCAAUUUUCAAGUACUUUCAUGCUUGAUGAAGAGUUAGAGAUUGAGCAGAAAACGAUAAAAAAAGAUGAUUUGACUUCAAAUGGAAGGUUUACAAAUUCUUUGAUUUCUUCUCCAUCUCUAGUUUCUUCUUUUCUUCCUUUCNCUAAACAACAAUCAUCACAUAAGCAGCGCUUUUUCUCCAGCAACUUUAGAAAUCAUGGAACCAGUCGGAACUCUCUUGGCAUUGUAGCAGAGAGUCCACCUAGCAAUUCUGUUGGUUUUUUCUUUGGUUCUACUCCUCCUGAAAGCACAAGCUCCAGGCCAUCGAAAUUGAGUGUUUCUCCUCAUGGAAAUUUCCUUGCAAAUAGUCCACCUGUGGGUUCCCUGCCCAAGUCUUUUCCGCCAUUUCAGCAUCCCAGUCAUCAACUUCUAGAAGAAAAUGGUUUUAAACAGCAGAAGUACCUUAAAUAUUACAAAAAGUGCUUGAAUGAUAGAAAGAAGUUGGGAAUUGGUUGCAGCGAGGAAAUGAAUACUCUUUAUCGGUUUUGGUCUUAUUUUCUAAGAGACAUGUUUGUCAUUACAAUGUACAAUGACUUCCGAAAAUAUGCACUGGAAGAUGCUGCGUCUAACUAUAAUUAUGGAAUAGAAUGCCUUUUCAGGUUCUAUAGCUAUGGUUUGGAAAAGGAAUUUAGGGAGAAUUUAUACGCGGACUUUGAACAGCUUACACUCGAGUUCUUCCAGAAAGGAAAUCUGUACGGCCUUGAGAAAUACUGGGCUUUCCACCACUAUCGUAGGCAACGAGAUCAGAAAGAGCCCCUAAAGAAACAUCCAGAACUAGACAAGUUACUUAGGGAGGAAUACCGUAGCUUGGACGAUUUCCGUGCUAAAGAGAAGGCAGCAACUGCAAAAGAGGAUGGGAAUUAAGAGUGAAGUGAUCAACCUUCAUGGCGACAUAAUUCCAAUUUUGAAGACAAUUCUAACAACUUGAUAGGUGAAUUGAGGAGCUAAGUUUGGUUUUGAGGCUAAAAUGGCUUUGUACAUUAAAUAUUCAAGUGAAUGCCUCUGUUAUGGCUGCUGCUGAGGUUUCUUAGAAUUUGAGAUGAGGUUGUGUGGGGUAUCUGCCUUUAUUUUGGUGCUGCCUGCAAGCUUGAAGAGAGAUCCCCAUGUUGCCUGUCAGUCACACUGGUAUUUCUCUGGACUGUGUAACGUUGUAAAUAGGGGAAAGGAAAUUUUGGAUAAGCAAGAACAAGAAAAAAAAAAAAAAAAA